AUGCUUGCCCUCCCUGCGGCAUUGGCGAGCGCAGGCGUCGUUGGCGGUGUUGGACUGCUGCUUCUGUCUGCCGCCAUCGCCUCCUUCGGAUCGCACCUCUUUGCGGAGUGCGUGAACGCAGUAGGCCGACCGGCCACCAUGUCCAAGGUGACCGCUGCGGCGAUGGCCAAAAUGCCCGGCCCAGUUGGAUGCUUUGGCACCCUUGUCACCGAUUUUGCUGUCGCCGUGAUUGGCUCUUCCAGUGCAAUCGGCUACCUCAUUGUCGUUGGCGACACGCUCCCCGAAAUAAAGGCGUGGGUCGUGGGCCACAGCAAUACGAUCUUCGACUCCCGCGAGUUUUGGAUCUGCGCUGUCCUGCCGAUCAUCGUGCCCCUCGCUUACCUGCGCCACAUUGACUCGCUGCGCUUCGCCUCCUUUUGUGUCAUCGGCUGCGUGGUGGUGAUUGUCGUGACGGUGGUGCUCUUUGCGCUACAGCCAACACCGCUCUUUGAUCCCUGUGGCGGUGCGGGCGAGCGUGCUCGCGGUGGUGGCGAGGGCGCCGGCAGCGGAGAGGAGGCCGAGCUGCAGGGAGGGGGCUCCUCCUGCCGAGGGCCCAUCUCCGCUACAAGCGACGCGCUGCACACGCUCACUGCGCUGCCCACCUUCCUCUUUGCGUUUGCAGCGCAGAUCAACGUGCCCUCAAUCGCGAGCGAGCUCCGGCGGCCGACACCGCACCGGAUUGCGGCGGUGAUGCUCGGCGGUGUCGGCCUCACGACUGCCGUCUACCUAAUGGUCGGUGGGGGCGGCUACGCCACGUACGGCAGCCUUGUGAGCGAGGACCUCUUCCUCUCAUACCCCUCCUCUGCCAUCGCCGCUCGCGUGUCGCUCAUCUACGUGGUCGUCCUCUCGCACCCAGUCGUGUCGUACUCUGUCGCGCCGUGCAUCGCCAACGCGCUCUGCACCCUUAGCUCUGUGGUGAGACAGCCACGCAACCGUGCGGUUGCACCUGCCGUCUCGUCCAGGCUGUCGGCCGCCGCCUCCUUGUCGAACGCUCGGCGCCAAAAGGCUCGCAACGCGCCCAUCUACGACCUCGGUCUCGAUGCGCUCGCUCACGUCCCGGAGGAGAUGGCGGCCGGGCCGUUCACGCCGCGGGUCGCCGUGGUGUCGCCCCGGCCCGGCGCGGCCCAGGCGGGUUCUAAGGAUGGCGUGUUUGUCACCGACCGGACGCACGCGGCCAUUAUCGGGUUCUACCUGCUCCUGACCACCACCACUGCGCUGCUCGUCCACGACCUUGGGAUCGUCAUCGCGCUGGCGGGCGCCGUCUCGGCGACCAUCGCCGUCUUUAUCGCGCCCGGCGCGUGCUACUGGUGUCUCCAUCCGGACGAGGGCCUCAGCAGGACGCGCCUGCUGGCGGGGCUGCUUUUUGUCAGCGGCUGCAUCCUGAUGCCGCUGCUCGUGGUCUCCGUCUUGGCAUCGCGUGGAUUGAUUCACUUUGGGGAAGCCGGCCGCACAUGA